AUGCCAAUAUGCGGAUCUGCAAAAAUUAGCAGCUUCGUCCAAGGCAAUGGGCCAUUUGACCAACUUCGCCCGCAACAAAAACUUGCAUGGCGUUACAUUGUGGCGCUGACGAGUUCCCCAAUAACGGAGGGCAUAGGGGAAAUCACCGGCAGCGUUGCAUUCCUGGUUCCAGGGCAGACAAGGCUCUUGUUUUAA